AUGACGCAGCUCAACAUUCCCUCUAGCGCCUCAUUGAGAAUGGAGGUCCUCUCCAAGCACCAGAGGAUGCCUUUGCGCAUCAUGACUUUUAACGUCCGCUACGCAACAACAAACUAUGAACCCAACGAGAGACCGUGGGAAGAACGCCGCCCCAAGCUCGCGAACCUUUUAGCCUUCAUUACCGCUGGCCAGGAGAGCCCCUUCAUAUGUCUCCAGGAAUGCCUCUUCCAUCAGGUCAACGAGAUCCAAGAGGACUUGGGCUCUGCGUGGGAUCAUAUCGGCCGUGGACGCGGUACGAAGCCAGAGGAUGGCGAGUUCUCUCCCAUCUUCUACCGCAGCGACACAUGGAAAAAUGUACGUAGCGAGGUGCGCUGGCUCAGCAAGACGCCCGAGAAGCCCUCCCGAGGCUGGGACGCCGUGCUCAACCGCAUUGUCACAAUGGGCGAGUUCGAGCACCGGGUGACAGGCACCCGCGUUGUUGUCUUCAGUACUCACUUCGAUCACAUCGGCGUAAAGGCCCGUGAGCACAGCGCCGAGCUACUCGUCAAGUUCGCUCGCGAGUGGGGUCGGUCCGGCGACAAAAAAGCGUCAGCCGUGCUCAUCGGCGGUGAUUUCAACAGUGAGCCUGAAGAUGGCGCGUACAAGACCAUCACGGCGUCCGGAUCGGGGAUCUCUGACGUGUCGGACAUCGUGCCCAAGCAUAAGCACUAUGGUAACGAGACGACGUACACAGGCUUCGGGGAGAAGUGGACGCCCUCGCGCAUUGACUUCCUCUUCAUCCAGGAGCCGCGCACGGCACAUGUCAAGACGUUUGGCGUGCUGGCGAAUGGAUUUGAUGAUGCUGUUCGUGUCUCCGAUCACCGACCUGUUGUGUCAGACUUUGACAUAGUUGUUUGA